CUAAAAAGGUUCAAGCUAUUUUUUUUACAGCUUAGUGUCUGUGGCUCCGUAAUUAAUUGUAGCUAGCUGUCUCAUAUCGACGUGUUUUUAAGGAACAUGAAAUAGUUGUUGUGUUUUUUAAUUAGAGGAGUCUGCCAGAGCUAGAGAUUUGAAGUCCAACUGCUGCUGCUGCUGGUUGUUGCUACUCUGUCUUUACUUGUGAUGUUGGAUAUGGGAGAAAGGAAAGAAGUCAAAAUGAUUCCUAAAUCAUCGUUCAGUAUAAACAGUCUGGUUCCCGAAGCCGUGCAAAGCGACAACCACCAACACCACCACCAGCACCACAGAGUGGUGCAUGAGGAAGAGGAGAAGACUCCUUUACCUGUCCAAGCACAGGAGCAGAAGUCGGAGAACACUUGCGCUAAAAGUGACAAUUCAUCCCACGACUCCUCGUGCACCGACGAGAAGGACAAGCAGGAAGAGAAACGGGACUCGAAGGAGGGCGAAGGAGGCAAAGAAGGCGACAAGAAAAACGGCAAGUACGAGAAACCUCCUUUUAGCUACAACGCUUUGAUUAUGAUGGCUAUCCGGCAGAGUCCGGAGAAGCGGUUAACCCUUAACGGCAUUUACGAGUUCAUUAUGAAAAAUUUCCCGUAUUACCGGGAGAACAAGCAGGGAUGGCAGAAUUCCAUCAGACACAACCUGAGUUUGAACAAAUGUUUCGUCAAAGUGCCCCGGCACUACGAUGACCCCGGGAAGGGGAACUACUGGAUGCUUGACCCCUCCAGCGACGACGUGUUCAUUGGCGGCACAACGGGCAAACUUCGGCGGAGAUCGACCACUUCUAGGGCAAAGCUGGCGUUUAAAAGGGGCGCGAGGCUAACUUCCACCGGACUGACAUUUAUGGAUAGAGCUGGCUCUUUAUAUUGGCCCAUGUCGCCGUUCCUCUCGCUCCACCAUCCAAGAGCGAGCAGCGCGUUGAGUUACAACGGCACGUCCUCGGCUUACCCUAGUCACCCGAUGUCCUAUAGCACAAUGUUGACUCAAAACAGUUUGGGGAGCAAUCACUCUUUCCCUGCCUCCAAUGGCUUGACUGUUGACAGACUCGUGAAUGGAGAGAUUCCGUACGCCACACACCACCUCACAGCGGCCGCUUUGGCCGCCUCUGUGCCAUGUGGGCUCUCCGUGCCCUGCUCCGGGACGUACUCUUUGAAUCCGUGUUCAGUGAACCUGCUGGCGGGCCAGACCAGUUACUUCUUCCCCCACGUCCCUCACCCAUCCAUGACCUCCCAGAGCAGCACGUCCAUGAGCUCCAGGGCCGUCUCUUCCUCCUCCCCGCAAACGGCCUCCUCUCUCGCGUGUGACUCCUUAAGGCCUUCCCUUACUAGUUUUUCCUCCGGACUUUCCAGCGGACUUUCUGACUACUUCACACAUCAGAAUCAAGGGUCAACAUCAAAUCCACUUAUACACUAACUAGCAUCCACAGGAUCAGACUAUGUCUGGCAGUGUGUGCUGCAGUAGCCUGAAUCCACCCUGUGAUGCGUUACUCACCCAUGCUGAGAAUGUUUACAGUUGUAAUCAAGGUCCAUGUAACUUGUUUGUGAAAUGUUUUGCCUUUAUGUUUUAGAGGUGCUAUACAAUUUGCAAAUAGUAGGGCAUGAAGUCACAGUUUGAUUAAAUUGCUGUCAGUACAAAAAAGAAAGAAAAAGAAAACAGAAGCAUUGUACAAAACCUAGACUGUUAUUUUGCAUCCCUUUAUGUAAGGAGAUUAAAUUUUCUCCCUUUAGACAAUCUUAUUAUUUAAAUUUGAAUAGAAAAAAGAAACCUUGGCAUUGUACGACAAUUUUCUUUGAAGAACUGUAUAUUUGCUAUAUUUAAAAGCAAUGUUUUGUGACGUUUUGUUUGUUGUCAAGACAGUAUUCCCCUGUUGCUAAUGUUUUUGCUGUAAAGGAGGAAACAUGCUGAUCUACUGUGACCCAGUAAAUUGUUACUUUGGGAGAUAAAAACAUAUCUGUUGUCGUUGAUUCCUUUGGGGAGAAAAGCCUUUGCAUGACCUCUGAAGCUUCUAGAUUUCUGUAUUUGCUGAAAUGUUUCCCAACAUUUGGCCAGUUUGCUGACAGAAAUGAGACUGAUGCCUAAAUAAUAUCAGAUGUGUGUGUGUUUGUGUUUGUCAGCUUG